CUCUCUCUCUGGAUAAACGUGCACGUACAGCGAGCGAGUCAGACGUGCGCAGACAUACACAGAAGAGUAAGCACAUGUGACACCUAAGUGCAUUUGGGAGCAGAAUGUCUGUGAAUGCGCCCAGCAGCAGUGAUGCAUGUUUAAGCAUCGUUCAUAGCCUGAUGUGCCACCGCCAGGGGGGAGAGAAUGAGAGCUUCGCCAAACGUGCCAUAGAAAGCCUGGUAAAGAAACUCAAAGAGAAAAGAGAUGAGCUCGACUCCCUCAUCACCGCUAUCACCACAAAUGGAGUCCAUCCAAGCAAGUGUGUCACCAUACAAAGAACACUGGAUGGACGUUUGCAGGUGGCUGGGCGGAAGGGUUUCCCUCAUGUCAUAUACGCUCGUCUGUGGCGAUGGCCGGACCUUCACAAGAAUGAACUCAAGCAUGUCAAGUUCUGCCAGUAUGCAUUCGAUCUGAAGUACGAUAAUGUGUGUGUCAACCCUUACCACUAUGAGCGCGUGGUGUCCCCUGGGAUUGUGGGAUUCAGUUUGCCAAACACAGGCAGGCUGAUAAAAGAAGAGCACAUACAUGACUGCAUCCAGAUGGAGGGUCUGUCAAGUAUGACCUUACAGCAAGACCAUCAUCCUCCAGAUCACUACAGCCCACAGCCGCUGAGACUGAUGUCCCCAGAGCCACCCCAGCGGACCACUUCCUCAGUCACUCUCUACCCCAGUCUGCCCCUCUCUCCACCCUCAAGUGCAAACCGGUUGUCAAUGCAGGCAGAACGCCCUGAGGGACUGUUGCAGAUCGCCUCACCAGCGGGACGGGCCUUGACCUCUGGCUCUCCACCUUCCACCCCAACACACAGUCACGCACCCACACAUAGCCAGCCUUCGUCCCAGCAACCCUCUGUCAGCCAGAGUGAAUAUAGCACCUCCAAGCACACACAGACACCGGGAUCUUACCACACAACAACCUGGACCGGGAACAGCACAGCCUCCUAUUCUCCUUCUGGACCACAGCAGAAUGGGCGGAGUCAUCAACAAGCCCCUCCCCCUCAUACCAGCCACUUCUGGUCUCAGCAUCAUACACCAGCCUCAUACCCUCAACAAGUCUCCAACCAUCCAGGCCCAGAGUUCUGGUGCUCAAUCUCCUACUUCGAGAUGGACGUGCAGGUCGGGGAGAUGUUUAAGGUUCUAGCCAAUUGUCCUGUGGUGACCGUGGAUGGAUAUGUGGACCCUUCGGGUGGGGACCGCUUUUGUUUGGGUCAGCUUAGCAAUGUUCACCGAACUGAUGCCAGCGAGAGGGCACGGCUUCACAUUGGUAAAGGUGUUCAGCUGGAAUGCCGUGGGGAGGGGGAUGUGUGGAUGCGUUGCCUUAGUGACCAUGCUGUAUUCGUGCAAAGUUACUACUUGGACAGAGAAGCAGGGAGAGCGCCAGGGGACGCCGUUCACAAGAUCUACCCAGGAGCCCUCAUUAAGGUGUUUGAUCUUCGUCAGUGUCACAGGCAGAUGCAGCAGCAAGCGGCGACUGCACAGGCAGCUGCGGCUGCGCAGGCUGCAGCAGUGGCUGGGAACAUCCCGGGGCCUGGCAGUGUUGGAGGAAUCGCUCCAGCCAUCAGUCUGUCAGCAGCAGCUGGGAUAGGAGUUGAUGACCUGCGGCGCUUGUGUAUCCUGCGGCUGAGUUUCGUAAAGGGCUGGGGACCUGACUACCCUCGACAGACCAUCAAACAGACACCGUGCUGGGUGGAAGUUCAUCUACACCGUGCCCUGCAGCUGCUAGACGAGGUCCUGCACACCAUGCCCCUCGCUGACCCCGGACCUGCCAACUGACCCACAGACUGCAAAAUAUACAAGCCCUGUCACAAAAACAAUGAGGAUGACAGGCUGGGAGAAAGAGAGACACACACACUAUGCAGGCAAACGGUGACUCAUAGUACCACAUACACACAUAAGCCUUCACACACACAGUCUUUCCACAGCCUUGGCCUUCACUGUGCCUUUGAACUGACCAGUGUUUAGUCCACUCUUGGGUGCUGUUGACUUGGUUGUCAUGGUAACAUAGACCAAAGGGCCCUACUGAUGAGUUCACACUAAUGGAGGUCCAAAAGAGGCGAAAGUAUGUUGGUUAAGAGGGAGAGGAAGAUCCAUAUAGUAUGAUAACACAGUUAAUAUGCUUAAUCCACAGAGACCCAAGCAUUGAUAUUAAUUAUAUAUAUUUUUUCAACCUUAAGCAUGUCUUUAGGAAGCUAUAGGUUAUAAAUACCAUUUAAUUUAGGAAAAAAAGUUACAUUGGGGUAUAAUAUAAAACAAAAUUGGAAUGCUGGGCAUUUAGCCUGGCAAAAUUGCACUACUAUUUUUCAAAACGCAUAGUGAAAGUUUUGAACUGACAACAAUUCAGCACACAAAUGUUUUUGGAAAAUAAUGUAUUUAAACCAGUAAGGUUGAGAAGUUAAAGAUUUUUUACUGUAAUAUUAACAUCAAAGUGUGCAGUAAAUUUAUGGCAGUUUAAUAUAAUUUAAUAUAUUUUUUCUUUUCUUUUUUCCAUUUUGUGAAAAUUGGGUAUCAUUUAAUUGCUUUAUAUAAACAUUGCAGUUCUGCUCGGUCUCUGAGGGUUAAAGCUCUGACUCAAUCUGAUUUCUCAUAGUUCCUUAAGUGGCAGCUUAUCCAAGUGCUGAGUGCAGACAGGACGUCCAGGAACAAAUGCAUUUAAAACCAGCUAACAGAGAGGAUAGAAAAUAUGCUGGUUCUACAAGCCAGUAUAUUUUAUCUGACAAAACUUGAAACGAGACCAAAGACUCAAGUGAGAUCAAAGAAUCUGCAGUUUUAAUUACAAUCGACUUGUGAAUACCAUAAUAGUUUAUAAUUCAGUGACACAGAGAUAAACAUUUAGGGAGAUUUUUGCCUGCUAGGCUAUACAUGAGGGAUAUUGAACAGUCCGUGCUGAGCUAUGUGCCAAAACAGUCUUGAAACUUCCAUUCAUGUUGAAACCUUAAGCCAUGACACUGAGACAGAAGUGAGGACAGCUAGUGGUUAUUUCAAGUAUUGCAUUCACUCAUACACAGCCUUGCAUUUUAGACAUGGGUUACCUGACUUCUGUUUAAGCUUUAUAUAUUACGAAUUAUAUUUAAUUCAAGGAUUCUUUGAGAGGAUGUGCUAUAUUGUGAAUAUAUUCAUGACAAAAGGGAAUUGUUAGGCAUGAUGCCUCCAAGAGAUGGGUUUCCAAAAUUAUUUUCCACUGUGCCUAUUCAGAAUACAACAAGCACUCGAGUGCCUUAUUGCUUCCAUACAACAGUCACUACAAAAUAAAAAAUAUUAAUGUCCUAAAUUCAUUAAGCAUUCAUCUGCUAAAAGAUAAACUUGGCAUAACACAACAAUCAUUGGGAAAAACUUUUCUUGGUACUUACAGCACCCCUCUGGUCUCAUGGGUUGCAUAGUUCAUAAUCAAAGAUGUCAGGAAUUGACCGGAAAUAUUUACUUGAAGUACCCUCUGAGAUUGUAGGUUAAUAUUUAAUUAUUUAGAACACAUUUGCAUCUUCACAGUUUUCUGUUAACAGUUAAUGGUCACGACAUGCAAGUAAACAAAUAAAAUAUCUAACCCUUUUA